AUGAUGAAGUUUGCUCUCGCCUCCCUUCUUGUGGCCUCUGCCUACGCGCAAGAGUUACACUCUUCCAGUUCGCCCAAGCUCAUGUUUUUUGCUGGCGAUGACUUGCUGAGUGUGACCAACCAUGCCGAGGCCGACGCAUUUUGCAAAGCUAAGGACCGUGUUCUCGCCAGCAAGAGCGAAUGGUGCCACUACUCCCAGAAGCACACUGGUGUUCAAUACGGAGAGGUUCCCGUCCGAGGAAGCAGUGUCUACAUUGAUGUCGAAGAUCAUUGUGACGUCUGCAAACCGAAAGAAGAGAAAGACGAAAAGAUAGAAAUCAAGGAGGAAGAAAGCAAGGAAGUCGCGGUAGAAGUCAAGGAAGAAGUCAAGGAAGACAAAGGAGGCGUUUGUGGAAGACCAGCAGGCUGUACUGGCCGCUCUUGCGCCUUCACAUGUGACCUCCCAGCGGGCUACUAUCCCGAUCCCACCGACUGCUCUGCAUACUGCUUCUGCACAGGCUCUGCGGCUCCCUCCAGAUGGGAGCAAGUAGUACCGGGUCUUGUUUGGGAUCCAUUCUGUGGAGGCUCUCAGCCCCUUGACCCCUCGAACAAGCCUCUCGGAGGUAUGACUGGUGGAUGUCAAAACUGGGCAUGGGCCGUCAGCGAUAACAGCUACUGUGCUCCCGGGAACUCCCGCCGCCGUCUCGAAGAGGUGAAUGGACGUCGCGAGCUUAAAGGACGUCCCGAUUUCAUGUUGUGUACCAAACUACCCAAGGCCCCCCCUCUCCCUCAGACUUGCGCCAAGGCCUACGACGAUCCUCACAUUGAGACCUUUGAUCAGCUGCAGUACGAUUGUCAAGGCGAUGGCGACUUCAUCCUGUCCAAGUCCUUGGAACCUGGCUCUGGCUUUGAACUUCAGGGCCGUUUCUUCAAGCUUGACGGCUGGGCUGGAACCACCACAACUGGAGCAGUAUUGACGACCGGUUUCGCCGGUGAACCGAAGGUCGAGGUUGCGUACAACGAAAAAUGCGACCUUCACUACUACAUCGAUGACGAGGAGCAUGAUCUUGACUCGGAUUGGUCGACAGAUGGUACCAUUGCGUUGGGGACAGACAAGGUCAACUUCUUCCGUUCCGGCUCUGAUCGCUACUUUCACUUUCAAGAUUCUGGUGUCAGUUUCCACGUCACCCUGAGGUACAACCAUGUCUUUGGCUGUUUCAUCAAUGUGAAGCUCUGCCUUCCAGACGAAAUCAAAUCGCAGCGCCUGGUCGGCAUUUUUGGAAGCCCUGAUGGCAACAAGCAGAACGACUUCAUGGACCACGAUGGAACAGACUUGGAAACCGUUGGCAAGAUUUACUGGGGACAGAUCUACGACUACUGCACAACCACGUGGUGUCUUGGAAGCGACUCCCUUUUCAAAGUUAGUGGAAGUGGCGAUACCUGUGAAAAACCCUAUGAUGAUACGAUUGAACAGGCAGUCAAAAACGCUGGCGAGGAGGUGAAAGCAGAAUGCGGAGACAAUAUGGCCUGUAUGGUGGAUACUGUUGUGAGCAAGGACGCUGCAACUGGUGGGGAGACGCUGAAGGACGAAGAGGAUCUUAAUGGCGAAGAGACUGUUCCUGAUGAAGGAGAGGAUGAUUCAGACAAUGCGGAUCAUUGCAACGGACAGGACAAGACGGUUCCUAGCGCACCAUCUCCAACAAUACCCAAGCCUGCUCCUGCUCCUACCCCCGUGAACCCCCCUGCUCCAGACCAACCAACCCCAGAGGACCAGGCAACCGAGAUGGGCUUUGUCAAGGGUGAUCCACACUUCAAGGAUCGGGAAUGGGUGUGGAUCAAUGGUAAAGCCAACGGUGUUCUCGAGGAUGGCAAGUGGUACCAUGCCAGCCUUAACGGGCUUUUGGUUCGUUUCAAGCAGUCUUUCGGGAAGAAAAGUACUACUCGAGAAGUCAACAUCUAUUUGAACCAAGGUUCCUCCAAGGAAGUGUUGGCCAUGAAGACAUUCAAGUCCUUUGUCCGAGUUGACGUCGAUUGGAAGAACAGUGACAACUACGACUACUCUCGUGGUCUUCUUGGAAGCCAUGCCCAAAAUGGCAAGAGACUUGGACGCCAGUGUGUCCUUCCGCCAACUGUUGAGAGUGCCCAGAAGCAACAGAUCCGAAACCGACGCUUGGCCGAGUCUGGAAUUACAACUGAGAUUGCUGAGAAGGCAUGUGCACAUGUGAAAGACCCCGAGGAGCAAAAGGAUUGUGUGUUCGAUAUCCUGGCUACCAACGAUGUCAGCAUGGCAAGCGUUUGGUAG